CAUGGCUGUGGAAAUUUUGUGCGUGUGAUACAGUCGUACAAUCGCACACACCUGUAUGUCUGCGGCAGCGGUGCCUUCAGCCCUGUGUGUGUGUAUGUCAACAGAGGCCGCAGGUCCGAGGAACAAAUCUUCAAGAUCGACUCCAAGUGUGAAUCAGGAAAGGGGCGCUGUUCUUUCAACCCUAAUGUGAACACGGUGUCUGUUAUGAUCAAUGAAGAGCUUUUUUCAGGAAUGUAUAUCGAUUUCAUGGGGACGGAUGCAGCCAUUUUUAGGAGUUUGACCAAGAGGAAUGCUGUGCGAACGGACCAGCACAACUCCAAGUGGCUGAGUGAGCCUAUUUUUGUGGAUGCGCAUGUUAUCCCAGAUGGCACUGACCCCAACGAUGCCAAAAUCUACUUCUUCUUCAAAGAGAGACUCACAGACAACAGCGGAAGCACAAAGCAAAUUCACUCCAUGAUUGCAAGAAUAUGCCCAAAUGACACAGGUGGUCAGCGUAGUCUUGUGAACAAGUGGACAACAUUCUUGAAAGCAAGACUUGUGUGCUCAGUAAUGGAUGAAGAUGGAACAGAAACAUACUUUGAUGAAUUAGAGGAUGUGUUUCUUCUGGAGACAGAUAACCCCAGAACAACGCUUGUGUAUGGAAUUUUUACAACAUCAAGCUCCAUAUUUAAAGGCUCAGCUGUGUGUGUGUAUCAUCUGUCCGACAUCCAGACCGUGUUCAAUGGGCCGUUUGCACACAAGGAGGGCCCAAACCACCAGCUGAUUCCAUAUCAGGGCAGAAUUCCGUACCCUCGACCUGGCACUUGCCCAGGAGGAGCCUUCACACCUAAUAUGCGGACGACCAAAGAGUUUCCAGAUGAUGUUGUGACCUUCAUCAGGAAUCAUCCUUUGAUGUUUAAUCCCAUUUACCCAAUACACAAGAGGCCAUUAAUCAUCCGGAUAGGAGCUGACUACAAGUAUACCAAGAUUGCUGUGGAUCGAGUGAAUGCCGCUGACGGAAGAUAUCACGUCUUGUUUCUUGGAACAGAUCAAGGAACUGUACAAAAAGUUGUUGUCCUACCCACCAACUUCUCUGCAAGUGGAGAACUCAUUUUAGAAGAGCUGGAGGUUUUUCAGAGUAAUUCUCCUAUAACAACAAUGAAGAUUUCAUCUAAAAAGCAACAGUUGUAUGUGAGCUCAGACGAAGGGGUCACCCAGGUGUCCUUGCAUCGCUGCCACAUCUACGGGACUGCCUGCGCUGACUGCUGCCUGGCCCGAGAUCCAUACUGCGCCUGGGAUGGCAACUCCUGCUCCAGGUUUUAUCCCACAGGGAAAAGGAGGAGUCGUAGGCAAGACGUGAGACAUGGAAACCCUCUGACUCAGUGCCGAGGUUUCAACCUGAAAGCAUACAGAAACGCUGCAGAAAUAGUUCAGUAUGGAGUGAAAAACAACACCACCUUUCUUGAAUGCACACCCAAAUCUCCUCAGGCUUCCAUUAAAUGGCUGCUACAGAAAGACAAUGACAGGAGGAAAGAGGUCAAGCUGAAUGAGAGGAUCAUAGCUACUGAGCAAGGACUCCUCAUUCGCUCUGUCCAAGACAGCGACCGAGGGCUGUACCACUGCAUUGCAACAGAGAACAGCUUCAAGCAGACCUUAGCGAAGAUCAAUUUCAAAGUGUUGGAUUCAGAGAUGGUGGCCUUCAUGACGGACAAGUGGUCCCCUUGGACCUGGGCCAGCUCGGUACGAGCGCUGCAGUUCCACCCAAAGGACUUUGUGGGAGCUUUCAGCCACUCGGAAAUGCAGAUGAUUAACCAGUACUGCAAGGACAGUAGACAGCAAGGUCAGCAGAGGGAAGAAUCCCAGAAGAUGAGAGGGGACUACAGCAAACUAAAGGCCCUUAUAAAUAGCAGGAAAAGUAGAAACAGAAGGAAUCAAUUACCUGGAUCUUAAUUUUAUUUUGUAGUUAUAGAUAUCUUUGUCCUCACUGUAGGGGUCUUAUAUGUG